CGUAACGUGACAAAGGUUAUCGCAUUUGUACGCAUUUGUGUUAUCAACGCGAUUACGUCGAAGUUUUUUCCCUCAGAAUUACUUUUCGUUCCGCAUAUGAAACGCGUCAUCGUUUUUCAUUGAUUGCGUGACAUCUGCUUAUUGUUAGAUAAGAAACGUUGAUGUUUUCCAAAUUAAAAUUCACGGAACGUGGUUCGACGCGCGAGAUCUUUCGAGCUUCUUUUCUCGCACGUAGUGAGAUAUUUCUUUAAAGCGAAAUUUAGUUUUGUUGUUAAAAGAUUUUCGAUUCUCAAAAAUGAUGAGAAUAUCUAUUGGUUUCUGUGCAGAACCACAGUAGUGUAAAUUGUAAUGUUUUCUUAACCUAAAAAUAUCUCAGAGGUAAACAUCAGAGUCGGCUUCACGCUUUGAAUGGUCUAAUCUUAUUUGUAAAACCGAAAGACUGUGUAAAAAAAGCUAUUAAAUCGGAGGUUCUUAAAUGAUCAAAUAUUAGGCAGAAAGGCACAUUGAUUGUGUGUUUGUACGUGAUAAAUUGUGGACAAAAUGAUAGAACCGACUGACAAGAAGUUACUUUACAACACCGUACUGUCACAGACAUUCUCACCCGAUGGAAAUUAUCUUUUGGCUGGCAACAUUUAUGGGGACGUUUCAAUAUUUGAUCUGUCGAAGGCCUUAGGGCCCAACAAAGUGGAGGAGAAUGAGUUACAAGGACCUAGUUGUCGCUUUGCCGCGCACCCUGAUCAGGAAGUCGCAUGUAUGGUCUCUGUGGAGAAUUUCCUUGUGACAGGCACACGUGGUGAAAUAUCAGGAUGGGACUGGAAGGCAGUUACAUCAAAUAAAGCUCCCAAGAGUAAAGUUUGUUGGAAUAUACAAAUUCCUGCUAAUAAAGACAGUUAUGAUAAACCAGAUAUAAAUUAUAUGGUGUAUUCAAAAAUGAAUAAUUUACUGUAUGUUGGCUGUGGUGAUAAUAAUAUUUACAUCAUAAACUUAGAGAACAGAAAAAUUCUGAGAAGCAUGCAAGGCCACACUGAUUAUAUACACUGCCUUGCUCUAAUGGAUAAUCAGCUUGCGUCCUGUAGCGAGGACGGUUCUGUGAGAUUAUGGGAUUUGCGCAAAAGAGAGAACACUAAUAUAUUAACGCCUCAUUUAGUAGACAAAGUCGCGCGACCACGAUUCGGAAAAUGGAUUGGUGCUGUUGAUUUCACAGAAGACUGGUUGCUGUGUGGCGGUGGGCCCAGUUUGUCAUUGUGGCACGUGCGAACGAUGGAGGUAGCGACAGUUUUCGAUCUGGCCGAUCAAGGAAUUCAUGUAGCAGAGAUCUACGAGGAACGCGUGAUUGCUGGCGGCACGACCGAUCAUGUCCAUCACAUGACAUAUCAAGGCGAGGUUCUAGCCAAAGUUCCUACUUCGAGUCUCACAGUCUAUAGUAUAGUGCACCAGGAAACGCCACAUAAGGUGCUUAGCGUGGCUGGCUCCUCAAACUGUAUUGACAUUAGUACAAACUACAAUUACCGCGAAAUGACGCUCAAGUUUGCAUAAUAAUUAUUAGAAGGAAUUGUAUUAUUACAAAAGGAAAUUUGAUUUUUCAAUAAUUGUUUUUUUCAAAUAAUUUAGAUGGGUGGAAUACAUAAUUGGAUUGAUAUUUGCGAUUUUUUAAAUAAAUAUAUUAAUAAAGUGUACAUUUUUUAUACGAUACAAUUCGUCUUUAUACAAAUAUACAAGCGAUAUUUAUACGAUGAAAUGCAAAGAUAGAUAUACAUAUAUUUAUAAUUAUCCUUAUAAUUGUACUUUUAUAUUGCCUUCUUUUCCUUAAAAAAAUAUAUAAUAAACAAUAUGAAAGUUCAUCUGUA